ACAGCAAAAACCCCGGCGCCAGAGCUAGGCCAAGCCGAGCAGCGCUGCGAAGCCAAGGCCCCGCGGACUUGUCAGAGACCCACCGCUGCCUGCGCCUUUGCUGCUGCAGUCAUCUCUUUUAUCCCUUGCCUACUUUUCCUGUCGUCUCCUCAAUCACCGUUUCGCAGCUGCAGCACCAUCGAUAACAGCUAAGUGGUCAAUUCUGGGACUUGGGGUUGGGAGAUGGGCGGGUGCGAGGCGUAGGCAGUACAAGCUAGCCCGCCAUCUCCUCCGGCAACCGCCGCUGCUGCAGACACCUCUCCUGGGCGGGAAAGAACACAGUCAAAAGGCCCAGGCUGUCCCAGUGUCCACGGUCCGAGUUAGGGCAUUUCUGUCAAGCCUUGGUGAGAGCCUUGCACUUGGGGAAGGGAGGACGGACUCAAGAGAUCACGAAAAAAGAUCUCAUAUUGGAUACUGUUGACUUUUUGUCAGCUUAAUUGUGGAAGUGGCAGCUUUGCUUGAGCCUCCUUAAACCCCAGCCAUGUCACCCCCAACUAUGCCCCCGAUGGGUGUAGAUGGUGUCUCCGCAUACCUGAUGAAGAAAAGGCACACCCACAGGAAGCAGCGGCGCAAACCCACUUUCCUCACCCGUAGGAACAUCGUGGGCUGCCGCAUUCAACAUGGCUGGAAGGAAGGCAACGAGCCCGUGGAGCAGUGGAAGGGCACUGUGCUUGAGCAGGUUUCCGUGAAGCCCACUCUCUAUAUCAUCAAAUAUGAUGGCAAAGAUAGUGUGUAUGGACUAGAGCUGCACCGAGAUAAGAGAGUUUUAGCUUUAGAAAUCCUUCCCGAAAGAGUGCCAACUCCUCGCAUUGAUUCGCGCCUGGCAGAUUCUUUGAUUGGCAAAGCAGUGGGGCAUGUGUUUGAGGGUGAGCACGGUACGAAAGAUGAAUGGAAGGGCAUGGUCCUGGCGCGAGCCCCCGUGAUGGACACUUGGUUUUACAUCACUUAUGAGAAAGAUCCUGUCCUUUAUAUGUACACACUGCUGGAUGACUAUAAAGAUGGUGACCUGCGCGUCAUUCCAGAUUCCAACUACUAUUUUCCUACAGCGGAACGGGAGCCUGGAGAAGUGGUCGACAGCCUCGUGGGCAAGCAAGUGGAACAUGCCAAAGAUGAUGGGUCCAAGAGAACGGGCAUUUUUAUCCAUCAAGUGGUGGCCAAGCCAUCGGUCUACUUCAUUAAGUUUGAUGAUGAUAUUCACAUUUAUGUCUAUGGCUUGGUGAAAACCCCCUAAAUUCAUUGUGCUCUGCAAAAGUGGAACUAUUAAAUGUAAAACAUGUCAUGUUCUUGUAAUUGUGAAUUUUUGGAACAGUUUUGGUGUCAGAGUUUCAGGAAUUUAUUAUAACUUGUUACUUAUUGUGCCUCCAAAUCUUACAAUGACUGGUCCCACAGUUUUGUCCCAAUUAUACGUUGGUACUUUUGAUAUUGCCUUGCUCUCUAAUUGAAGAUUUAAUGUGGGUGUUAGUAGAAAAUUAAAAAGUAUUCAUUACCAUUGGAACAAUGAAAAACUAAAGAAAAAUUAAGGGUGUAACCCCACACCAGGUCCUCUCUCCCAUUUUAUUAUCUCCCCUCUUUCUUCUUUCCAGGUUACAAUUGUUAAAAAUAUGAUGUAUAACCUUCCACAUUUUCCCAUCCACUUAGAGAAAGUUUGUUGUAGUCUCUUCUGUAAAAAUGAAAAGUUACAUCAUUUCUCUGUAAUUGCUUUUCACAUUUGGAAUAUCCAUGAUAUCUUUUCUAUUCAGUAGCUCCAAGUCUCUCUCUCUCUCUCUCCCUCUCCCCUUUCCCUCCUUGCCUCUCCCAGUUCCCCUUUGCCUCUGGAAUUUACUUUGUAUAUGGUAUAUCAUAGAGGUCGAAUUAUACAUUUUGCUCACAUUGGGUACCUGAUUAUGCCAUCACUUUUACUAAAUAAAAUCACCGAUUUCCCCUCUUCCUCUCUGUCUCCUUCCCUCCAGCAGCUGCAUAUACAGUACAUUUAUAUACCAAAAAGAUACUCAGCCAUUCUAUUACUGAUGGUCACUUAAAUUAUUUCCUUUCCUUUUUUCACCAUAGCACUGCUGCAAUAAAUACUGGUGCUUUUAUUUCUAUUGAGUAGAUUCCCAGCAAUGGCAUUGCUAGGUAGGGGGUAUAUUUAAUUUUAGAGAUAUUAUAAAAUUACUAUACAAAAUGAAAGUGCUCAUUUCCCAGUAUCCUCUCCAGCACUCUUUCAAGUUUGCAAAUCUGGAGGAUGAAAAAUUGCGUAGUAUUUUUUUUAAUUGACAAACUCAAGGAGGUUUGUUUUUUUGACUAUUUGGAUUUUUCUCUUUUGUGAUUUGCCAGUACUUAUCCUUUGCUCAUUUUUCUAUUGUAUCUUUGAUCUUUUUCUUAUACAUUUGUAGGAAUUCUUACUGUAUUUCUCUAGGAUGCAUAUUAAUCAUCUGUAGCCCAUCUGUAUUUUUUUCCAUUGUAUCAUUGAUCUUGACUUUAUUAAUGGUAUCUUUUACUUUACAGUUAUUGCCAUUGUUGUUUUUAAUUUUUAGGUAGAAUACUGCCUCCUUCUCAGCUUUUUGGUUUCCUACCUUUUUCAGAUGAAUGCCCCCACCGCAAGUCAUACAAAUAUUCACCUUUAUUUUUUUCUAAAAUUUUCAUUAAUUUUAAGGUUUUAGCUGUUUGAGCCAUCUGGAGUUUAUUUAAUAUACAGUAUAAGAUAAAGUUUCAAAUAUACAUUUUGUUCACAUUGGAUUACUGAUUAUACUAUCAUAUUUAUUAAAUAAACGACCGAUUUUUGAGUCUGUGAGCCAGUAUCCUGUCGUUUAACUAUAGUGGUUUGACCAUAAAUUUUGAACUCUGGUAAAGCAAGUUACCACUCAUUAGGGGUGUGUGUGUGUGUGUGUGUGUGUGUGGUUUUUUCCCCCCUUUUCUUCUUUAAUACAAAUUGUUCUAGAAAUUCAUUCUUUCCAUGAAAAUUGAAGGCAUUCUUUCCACAUUUAAAAAUUCUGAUAUCUUAGAAUUGUGAUACAUUUGUACAUUUCUAUUUAGAAGAAAAUUUUAAUGAUAUUAAACCUUAAUGCUCAAGAGUUUUGGUACAUCAUUAAAAUCUUUUGUUUUUGUUUUUGUAAGGUUCUUCAUAUGGAUCCAUUAUAUCUGAUUAAAUUUAUUUCUAAGUAUUUUUACAGAUUUUGUCACAUUUUGACAUUUUGAAUUGGGUAUUUUCCCCUCCUCAUUUGUAACUUCUUAUUUUUGAUAAUAUAGACAAACUACAGAUCAUUUUUUAAAAUUUUACCUUAUAUUGAAUCAGCUUAAUAAAUCCUCUUAUUACACUUUUUAAAAGUACAAUAUUUUCAAUCUUCUAGGUAUGCAAUCAUUUCACCUGCAAAUAGAGAUAAUUUUAUUUAUUGAAAAUAACGUUGAAUAAUGAUUAUGAUAUGCUUGUCUGGUAUUAGUUUUCAUGGAAUUGUUUUUAGUGUUCCCUAUUAAUUAUAGCAUUUGUUUUUGGUUAUUGGUAAAUAGUCAUUAACCAUUAAAAUGUUUAAGGAGUUUCUUUUAUUCCAUUUUUUUAAAUUCCUGUUUCACAUUAGGGGGCUUACUAAACCUUAAAGUCCCUCCUGAAAUUUAUCAAAUGUCUUUCAGCAUUCAUUGAUAAAAUCAUAUGAUUUUGUUUUCCUUUAAUUUGUUGAUGUAAUGAAUUAAAGGACUAGGUAUUUGAUGUUGAACCAAAUUUGUGUUUCUGGAAUAAAUCCUACUUGGUCAUGUUGUAAUGAUCAUUUGAUACAUUGCUAGAUUUUAUUUACCAAUAUUUUAUUUAGAAUUAUUGCAUUUAUAUUUCAAACUGAAAUUUUAU